GCAUUUCUCUGAUGGGAAUCGCUCCCUGGUAUGUCCCUGGUAUCGCUCCCCGCUGCGUGUGCCGUGGUGCAGCUGGAACGCAGAAACCGCCGACGAGGCCCAGAAGCGGUGGAGAACCUGUCCUGGGUGUAGCUGGAAGCAAGAAACGUGCUUUAGAAUUUGUGGUACAGAUUCUGAAGGUCACCGGCGCACUUCUGCAAAGUAGUUCCAGUCAGUGUCAUGUGUACGAGAAGACAAAAAUUGGUUUUUUUGUUUCUCCUUGUAGUUUCUGUCAUGAUAAUGUGGUACAUAACUUUUCCUUCCAACACUGCGAUUGACCAUAUAAACCCUAUGUACUUCUAUGAACACGAACCAAUUUACAAGCAACGCUACCUCUUCACGUUGCGGGAGCACUUGAAAUGCAAAGACAUAAAUCCAUUUCUGGUCAUCUUGGUGUCUUCAGGUCCGAAGGAUGUGAAGUCAAGGCAGGCCAUCAGGAUAACAUGGGGAUCUCAGGACUUCUGGUGGGGACACCGAAUCCUAACCCUGUUCUUAGUAGGUCAGGGCACUGAAGGAGAAGACAACGCUGCAGCACUGUCGGUAGAAGACGAAAGCAUCCUCUACGGUGACAUAAUUCGCCAAGACUUUAUGGACACUUACGACAAUCUCACCUUGAAAACGAUCAUGGCGUUCAGGUGGGUCAGCGAGUUCUGUUCAAAUGCUCAAUUCGUCAUGAAGACUGAUGCUGAUGUCUUCAUCAACACCGCUAACUUGGUAACAUUUCUCCUGAAGCUGAAUUCCACAGAAAAUCUUUUUACUGGUUAUCCUUUUAUAGAUAACUUUGCCUACAGAGGCUUUUACCAAAAAACAUACAUCUCUUACGAUGAAUAUCCAUUCAAGUUGUACCCUCCGUAUUGCAGUGGGAUGGGUUAUAUAUUGGAUGGAAAACUGGCUCUGAGGAUUUAUGCACUGAUGAGUCAUAUCAAACCUAUUAAAUUUGAGGAUGUUUAUGUUGGAAUUUGCUUAAAUAUACUUAAAGUGAACAUCAGUAUUCCAGAAGAUAAACAACAAUUCUUCCUUUAUAAAAUCAAUUUUGAUAUCUGUAAGUACAGACAUUUGAUUGUAGUACAUGGCAUUACAUCAAGUGAAAUAAUCGGGUUUUGGCAGGCUUUGUCAUCAAACACUUCUGUUACUUGCCUUUGAUUCUGCAUUUUAUAUAUAAACUUAAAUGAAUUUGGUGUAAAAAUGUUUAAAGCCCAGGACAACGCAAAAGAAAACCACAGCUGUAGAUGUGACUUUGACUGAAGGAGAGCUGUGCUCCCCCAGCAAAACUGCAACGGCAGCAUUUCUCUGGGACAUUCUAAUAUUCUUAAAUAAAAACUUCAGGAAUUCACAAAGCGCUUUUGCAGGUGGGUGUCCCACGCAAACAGGAUGCUUUGGAACACACUGCCCCGUCUUCCUCUGACACUCCUCCUCAUGCUUGGCUGUAACCAUGGGGUUUCUACCUGUGUCUUCUGGGAUGUAUGAAAUGUCACCGAGGAAUAAUAUUUAUGCCAAGAAACUAGCUUUGAGGAUGCUUCCCAGAUUCCUACCUGUUUGUUUUUUUUUAAAUUGUUUUUGCAACUGCAUCAUCCUUUGCCGCCCUCGAGUAUUUGUCUUCUGCCCAGCAUGAAGCUAACAAUUACUUUCUUCUUCCAAUAUAUCACCUCUGUAAUCCUUCUGAGAGCGUUACACCUUAUUUAAGCGCAUCACCUCCAUAACCAUUCUCAGAGUGUUACAAGCCUGUGGAUCUUGCAGGGUCUGCAGAAGCCAAUGGGAAAUUCUGAAAACGCGAUGCACUUUGUGUGUGUAUAUCUGGGUAUAUCGAUGCACGUGUAAAUGGAAUUGCUUUGGUGCCUGUGAUAAUGUUCCCAGGCUGCUGGAGGGCUGGAUGCGUGGAGUUCGGUGCAGUUGAGUUACUAGACAGCUCUACUGCAUCGGGAUAAUCAAACCCCACACCUCUACACAUACACACACACACACACGUGCGUAUACUGGGGCAUCCCGAGAGCUUUGCACCACAGAGGGAAGGUUAAAACAGAUGCAUUUAUAUUGUGAGUUUUUAUCUGUUUCUAAAAUAGUUUUAUUUCUUCAAAUUUUAAAAGGAAAAAAGUAAAUUCUACGAUUCAUAUUUCUUAAAGAAGACAAACUACUAUAUCUGUAAAGAUGGGUAUUUUAAUCACUUUAUUCAUAUCAGCAAGGCCAAGUUUUCAGUAGUUUACACUGUCUAAUUGACAACAAUACAGAAUUUGCAGUUGCAUUAACAUAAUUAUUCUUGACACGUCCACUACACAGUGAAGAUACGAUAGUUACAUCCUGUACAUCUAGAAUGACAGAGCACUGCCACCUGAUUUGUACUACAGCGAGGAGGUUAUGACGUAUGUACAUGUGGCUGUCUGUCAGAUAGUCUCUUAGAGACAAAUUAGAAGAGGUGCAGAAACCUCUAGUACCAAGUUUGAGGCUUCCCCAGGUUUUCUGUUACAUUGCGAUUAUGGUCAGUAUUGAGUUUUGCUAUCUUGUCAACAACUGCACGUGGCUUUCUGAUGGAGUCACAGGAUGUGUUAUUUUUUUGGGUAUAAAAAUGAAGUCUCAGGGAGAAUACCCUCCAGACGAGUAUUUCAGAUGUCAGUAUUCUAAGAAUGUAUGUUAAGAAGGUCAAAGUUCUUAAAAAAUAGAUUAUUUUUUUUUGUUAAACUAAAUAGCUAAAGAUAGUGUUCCAUGACAGGGAAGAAUGCUAUGGUAUUUCUAGAAACAGGUAAAACUACAGCUGUUCCUAUGGUUUUAGGAUCUGUUACUUGAUUGUUGUAGCACUGUGGUCAGAUCCUGAGAGCUCCGUGAGAAACGCUUACCUUGUUCUUUGAUUGUUUAUACAGCUUAAAAAAAAAAUCCCUCUAUUUUUUUUAAUAAGCCUGCCAUAUUGCAUGUUUAGAAAGAAAUAAUUUUUCACAAGAACACGGA